AUGGAAAAACUCCAUGACUCUCUACUUCUCCAAAUACUGAGUCGACUCGGCGACUCAGCCGACGUUGCUUGCUGCCGUGUGGCUUCCAAGUCUUUCAAUGCUGUGUUUCCAGAACUCCGAUCAAUUAAUCUUCGAUACACGAAUAUAUGGUCCAAGGAUUCAAGCUCUAUGGUUACAACUUCUUUCAAGACGGUUUUUCUGGAUCUUAUUUCCAAACUUCGAAUGGUUGAAUCUGUGUGUAUCGACGUUGAUGUUGAUCCCACCGAUGAAGAUUUUGCUAAGGAGUGGCUGCCUAAGGUUUCGAAAUCAUUGAAAUCGCUUUCAUUAUGUUUUCCUCCGUACGAUAUUCCCAAUGUUUUGCCGCUGAUUUCUGCGUAUUGUCGUAGUCUUGUUGAGUUACAUUUAGAUUUUGGACGGCUGUCUGUGGUCAACUUGAAUCCAAUGCCAAUGCUAACAAGUUUGACACUGGAAUUAACAAGAUUAGAAGACCAACACCUAACCGAGUUGAACACGUGUUUCCCUAAUCUUCAAGUUCUUAACUUAGUAGGUGUUAGAGAACUCAAAGAUCCAAAGAUCCACCUUCUCAACCUACAAACCUGCCAUGUGGUUGUAUAUGAUUAUCCGCCUUCUUUAACUCUAAUCACCCCCAAACUCAUCACACUCAAAAUUGAAUGUUUCGUGCCCGUUGCAAUUCAUGUUGAAGCUCCCAUGUUAUCUGACUUUCAUCUUAGCCUUAAUACCAUUAAACACGUCGUUGCGUUCAGCCCCAAGACGUUUGAGAAAUUAAAAACACUUUGGUUGGGCUGUUUAUAUACUGGCUCCUUACUUUCAGAAUUCCCGACUACAAAAACAGUAGAAACUCUGACAUUGGAUUCGCGAAACCAUGAACCAAGAGACGCCAGAGAUUCAAAGUUAACCAUAAGGAAGGUGUUCACAGUUUUCCCGAACGUGAGUUCUCUAUGCAUUUAUUCAGGUGCUUGGUCGGAGUUAGAAGCUUGUUUGAACGCAGAAGAUUGGGAAAUAUUGGAUGGGAGGAAAGGAUUGAAAACGAUCUGUGCAUAUUUGGACUUAGUUGACCCGUCGUUGACUUUCUCAUCUGUUGGACCAAUGUGUUGGCUUGACAGAUGUCUCGUUGCUCAUCCGUGGUGA